AUUGUGAUUAAUGCUGAAAAUUCCAUUCUGUAUCACAAGUACUGUUUUUGGAAUAAAGUAAAUCAUUAUUAUUCCAUCAGUCCGUUUAAACAUAGUAUUGAAAGAAAUUCUUCGGCUAGUUACGAGUAAUUCAGGAAAAAGCAGGAGUUAUUGUAAAAUUAGAGCUAAAAAAACUCUUAGCAUAAAAAAAGACACUGGGGAAACGUAUUUAAAUUAAAUUUUAGAAAUGACAUGCACAUAUUUAUUGAACUUCGUAUUCAGGGCCAACCUCCUCACCCGUAGUUACAAAGUUGUGAGCUACUAUGAAUGCUCCAGCAUCUUUUGAGCCGUUUCUCUUAGCGGAUGGCGAAAAGAAGAUUUCAUUUGAAAAAGACACGCAAGUGCCUAAUGCUGCUAUCUUCACCCUGAACAGAGAGGACCAUACAGUUGGGAAUAUGUUAACGUGUCAACUUCUCAAAGAUCCGAGAGUACUAUUUGCCGGAUAUAAAGCACCUCAUCCUCUAGAGCACAAAAUAGUUAUUCGAGUGCAUACAGCUCAUCCAGCGACACCUGUGGACGUUUUUGUAUCUGCUUUGAAAGAUCUUAUCAGUGAAAUUUCAAAUAUAGAAGAACAGUUUAGAAUGGCAACAAAAUGAUGGAGAGAGAGAGAGCGACUGUACAUAUAUUUUGUAUUUGUAACAAUACAUUGCUUUCUUUAUUCA